AUGAAUAUAAAUCGCAAGUGGAGAGAAUAUGUGGCAGCAUUCAGUGCUACACUCAUCACAGCUGCCGCCGGCACCACGGUUGGCUGGACUUCUCCUACAUUGCCUCUGCUUCGAAGAGACGAUUCCCCCAUAAAGACCUCUGCGGACGAAAGCUCGUGGAUCGCCUCUCUUAUGAUUCUGUCUUCAGCUCUCAGCCCCAUCCCAGCGGCUUACCUUGCAGACAGAAUAGGAAGAAAGCGCACACUACUGCUUUCCGCCAUCCCGUACAUAAUAGGUUGGAUCCUGGUGAUGUUAGCAAAGAAUGUGGGUACGAUAUACGCUUCUCGUCUCAUCUCCGGCAUCGGCUACGGUAUCGCGUACACAACAGCGCCCAUGUAUUUAGGGGAAAUUGCCACAAAUGAAGUCAGAGGAGCGAUGGCUACUCUUAUAACAGUUAUGUCAAAGCUUGGCAUCUUAUCACAAUACUGCAUCGGGCCCUACGUGUCGAUGCUAGGACUAGCGAGCUUCAAUAUAGCUGUUCCCAUUCUGUUUGUGGUAACAUUUACUGCAAUGCCUGAAUCUCCUUAUUAUUUUAUAAAAACGGGAGAUACAAAUAGAGCUGAAAGAUCAUUAAAAAAUCUUAGAGGAAGAAAUUAUAUUAGUGAAGAACUAGACAGCAUGAGUCAUCUUGUUCAUGAAAAUAUGAAGGACAAAAGUCGUUGGAAGGACUUAAUUAUUGUAGGCGGAAAUAGAAAAGGUCUCAUUAUUUUAAGUGGGAUAUAUUUUACUCAGCAGUUCUGUGGAAGUACAGCAAUUAUAUCUUAUGCCCAACAAAUAUUUGGGGCUGCAGAAGGUGGCUUAGGUGCAAAGGAAUCAUGUAUAUUGCUUGGAACGGUACAGCUUUUGACUUCGGCAAUAUCAUCACAAUUAGUCGACAGAUUAGGUCGUAAGCCUCUACUGUUAGUGUCUUCUUGUGGUGUUGGACUUGCAAACAUAAUUAUAGGAGCGUACUUUUAUAUGAAACAUCUAAAUAGCGAAUACGUUGUUUCCUUGAGGUUUAUACCAGUAGUCGUGAUACCAAUAUUUAUAUUUUCAUAUACCAUAGGUUUAGCAACGGUACCAUUCGCAAUAACAUCCGAAAUAUUUCCAACAAAUAUCAAAUCCAAAGCAACUUGUAUAAUACAAAUAUUAGUGGCCCUAAUGACCUUCAUUGUUACAAAAUUAUAUCAAGUUACUGCCGACCAUUUAGGACACCAUGUUGCCUUUUGGUGUUUUGGUUUAUUAUCUGUAGGUGGUGUUAUUUUUAUAUUAAUUCUACUACCAGAGACGAAAGGUCAAUCUUUUGCUGCUAUACAGGAAAAAUUAUAUAAAAAUGAGAAAGUCAUAUACGAGAAACGAGAAGAUCAUUCGGCUAACGUUAGAAUAUUACCAAAAUAA